GCAGCUUGCGGUAACAGUGAAUUGAAAGUACGCCAUAAAUAUGGCGCCAAAAGAGUUUUCAAGCUGAUGAUAAGAGCUGAUUUUUCUCAGUGUUGUCUUUUUUGUUCUGGGGGGUGGGAGGAGAGGUUGCAAGACAAGACCCGCCUGUGCAUUUGUGCAGAGCAGUGUGCACGUACACCGGGGCAGAGGAGUGGGAGCAAGGCAGUAAGUGAAGACGAGGAGAGCUCAAUGUUUUAUUUUUGAAGGAGGGACGUUGCGAAACUGGCUUGCGAUCUUUUCUGACUCAUCGUUUGGAAAUAAAGCAUCCUUUUCUUUUCUUUUUUUUUUUUCUUUUUUUUUUUUUUAACCCCUCUUCCUCUUGCUUCUCAGUUCCCAUGCUCCCGUAUCACUGGCACCGGAGAGGAAAACACAGUCGGAUUUUCUGACACCACGUUUGGGGCUGCUUUUUGCAAAAUGCGACAUGCUUUCCUGUGAGCGGUAUGUUGUGCGCACCUCGCAGCCUGCUACACAGUGAACGGCAGCAGGACCAGCGGCAGCACCACCACCACCACCGCCGCCGCCGCCGCCGUGUUUGUUGUUGUUGACUUGUGAAGGCUGCAACUUAGUCUGGCUGCCACUUUUGGAUUUUAUUUCGGAUUUGGACUCGGUGGUCGGUCUUCACAGAGCUGACGCGCUGUCAACACGCACCACCACCGUGAGGGGAAGGGAAGGGAGGGGAAGGGACAGUCCUGUCACCCAACGUGGAUUCAGAGUCGGGGCUGUUUAGCAGCACAGCUAGCAGCCUUGCCAGGGCACCAAGUGGGCAAACAGAACUAGUGCUAAACCCUCCACUGUGAAACUACAUGUGCCUGGCUCCCAAUGAUCUCCUAAUCUCUGGGAAUCGGCCGCCGUCCAGGACUGAGGACGUCUCUGCACCCGAAGCUGACUGCGAUCAAGAUGGAGAGCGAGAAGAAGAGGAGAAAAUACUCCACGAGCAGCAAUGACUCCGACACCACCGACAGUCAGGUGACCUCGUGGUCCAGGUCAUCCAAGAAUACGGGGACCAGCAGCACAUGGGUCCGCCACCAGCACAAGAAACCAUCAGAGGUGUUUCGUACCGACUUCAUCACGGCCAUGAAGCUGCCGGACUCGGCCCAGCUCGGCCCGGACGACUUCUACGUGCUCUCAGACCCCUGGAGACAAGAGUGGGAGAAGGGAGUACAGGUCCCUGCCAACGUGGAGGCCAUCCCGGAGCCUGUGGUCAGGUUGCUGCCGGAGUCGACAGGUGGCCUGAGCAACAACAGGCAGGAGAGGGAGGGUGACACCCAGCCUCCUCCCGCCCAGCUCUACAGUUGCUAUGACCUGGAUGAUCUGGAUGUUGCCUGGCUGGAGCUGGUUAACCAAGAGUUCAGACAGAUGGCCUUACCGGAGCUGGAUGAGCUGACGAUGGAGUGUGUUCUGGUUGAGCUGGAGAGUGUGUGUGAGGAGAAGAUGCAGCAGGCGAUCGAGACGGAGGAAGGCCUGGGCAUCGAGUACGAUGAGGACGUGGUGUGCGACGUCUGCCGCUCGCCAGAGGGAGAGGACGGCAACGAGAUGGUCUUCUGCGACAAGUGCAACGUCUGUGUUCAUCAGGCAUGUUAUGGCAUCCUGAAGGUACCCCAGGGGAACUGGCUGUGUCGGACCUGCGCUCUGGGCGUCCAGCCCAAAUGUCUGCUCUGCCCCAAGAGAGGGGGGGCUCUCAAGCCCACCCGCAGUGGAACCAAAUGGGUCCACGUCAGCUGUGCCUUAUGGAUCCCUGAGGUGAGUAUAGGCUGUCCAGAGAAGAUGGAGCCCAUUACCAAGGUGUCCCACAUCCCUGCUAGCCGCUGGGCUCUGUCCUGCAGCCUGUGCCGAGAACACACAGGAACCUGCAUACAGUGCUCCAUGCCCUCCUGCAUUGUGGCCUUCCAUGUGACGUGCGCCUUCGACCACGGCCUUGAGAUGAGGACCAUCCUGGCCGAGAACGACGAGGUGCGCUUCAAGUCCUUCUGCCUGGAGCACAGCUGCACCGCCAGCAACAGCAGUGCAACCGCCAACAACACCUCCGGUUCCACCGGCGUGAGUAACGGCAACCACGCCGCCAUUUCCACCACCAACGGAACACACGGCACACCCAGACCUGACUGGACCGCUGCUGGCAUCGGUUCUGAGCCCUGGCCAAACCAGCACCAACCGAACGGCAACAGUGACCUGGAGCAAAGGCCAGUAUCGUAUCCGGUUCCGGUGUCGGCGUCAGAGCGAGCUGAGCGGGACCAGCUGGAGAGAGAGAAAGUGAGCCAGAGGAAACAGAAGCUCCAGGAGCUGGAGGAUGAGUUUUACCGACUGGUGGACCCAAGGGAGGUGGCCGAAAACCUGGGGCUGCCUGUCUCCCAGGUGGACUUUUUGUAUCAGUUCUGGAAGUUGAAGAGGAAGGCCAACUUUAAUCGACCUCUGGUGACCUUAAAGAGGGAUGAGGUGGACAACCUGGCCCAGCAGGAGCAGGAUGUCCUCUACAGACGCCUCAAACUCUUCACACACCUCCGACAAGACCUGGAGAGGGUGCGUAACCUGUGUUACAUGGUGACACGGAGGGAGAAAAUGAAACACACCCUGUGUGACCUCCAGGAGAAGAUCUUCCACCUGCAGAUACAACUACUAGAAGAGGACAUGGCUGGAGAGAAAACCCAGAAAGGAGAAAAGAGGAAACAGAAUGGAGUGAAGGAGAAAGGGAAGGAGAGAAGGAAGAGUAGUCCUGAGAAGAAAAAGGAGAGAUGGAAGUCAGAGAACGGCUCCCUGCUUAAAGAGCUAGGUUUGUCAAAGUCCUUCCCAUUGGACAACUCUUUGUUCGACAGCUGGCUUGCCCAGUCGGUUCAGAUCACCGCUGAUGACAUGAUGAGCCAGUGGGCUCUGGGUGCCCAGCAUGGGGACAAGAGCGGCAGCCUGCUUUCCGACCAGCUCCUGCAGGGCGAGGAGAGCCUGCUAAAUCUCAUGAUGGAGAACUCCAUGCAGUCCACUUGGAAAACGCCCCAGCUGGGUCGCAAACCACGAGGGAGCAGCAAGCCCCGUGCUCGUGGUCAUUCCACCACCCCCACCCAGCCCCAGACGCUCCUCUCUGCAGCGGCUGCCUCCGCCGCUAGCAGCCCCUCCACUGCAAAGAGCCUCUGGGUGAGUGUGGUGGAGGACAAGCCAAGCCAUGUGGGCCGGAAAGGGGAAAGGUCCAGGGGGUCCUCCAAGGCCCUGCACCACCACCACCUUCAUCACCACCAGACCAGGAGCUCUGACCUGCAGGGUGACCCACCACCGCAGCCACCCAUCUCCAAAAUGGAUUCCUGUCACAUCUCAGAGGACCAAGGCCCCUGGGAGAGCAUCCACACGGAGAAUGGCGUUGCAUCAGGGGCUGGAUCUGUUUUCACCGGAAGCUUAUCUCCACCUCCGGCCUCCAGCCCUGUGGUCACAGUUCCCGACACAGGGGCGAUCCUCCGUGGCGGGGCUCCACGACUCCGUCUGCCCCGCCAGGGUAAAUCAAGAGGGAGGGGCGUGAGCGGAGGUGGCGGCAUAGCGGGGCUGGAGUCCAUGGACCUGCCGCUCACCAGGAAGGACACGUCCCUGCUGGACCCUGCCGAGACUGACGGGUACUUCUCUGACGGCGAGCAGAGUGAUUCGGACACACGCUCUGGCGGACGCAAACUCCGCUUGCCACAGUUGCAUUCUGGGAACGAGGACCUGUUGAGAAGGAGCGUGCUGGCGUCCUAAAGAACUGAGACUCAAAUCGACACACACAAAACACACAAUUAUCCAAGCAGAGUCCCGCUGGCUAAUUGUUUCUCCAUCUGUGCCCAGUAUACAGUCUACACAACAUGGCUGGAUGGCUUUGUUCAACCAAAUCCCUGUCACAUUUACCAAUGGAAAAUCUCUUCAGCUCUGACCUGUUUUGUUUUUGGGGGGAAUUUGAAUGUAGCUGUUUGCCUGUCGUACAGUAAAUCUUCUCCACCUGACCGUAGUUUGUUGUUUAGACAACCACAAGACGCGAUACAUUCAACAAAUAGGAAACAAACAUUACCUUUUAGUCUUUUUCGUUUUGUGUUUCAGAUUCAUUCUGUUUCUGGGCGUUGAAGUACCCUGUUCUGGCCUCACGUCUGUGGUAUCUGCCAGACCUGGGAACAAACACUUUGGGGCAUUAUUAUUAUUAUUACUAUUCAAGCUGGUUUCAGGGUCUGCUUCACUUUUGGUCUUUUAUGGCCUGAGAUACAUCCAACGAGUUCUUGUUUUCUUGAAUAUAUUCAAUGGAAAGACAAUGUCACUCCAGAGUUGUUCAAAAUACGUGUGCGGAAGACAUGGGACGACAUGUAUUCAGCUUUGAAAAGCACAACUAGCUAGUCAUAAGAGCUGUAAGCUGUAAGCACUCGUGUGUAUAAUAGAUGCUCAUUCAGGGUUGGGGUCAAUCCUCAUGAUGUUGAAUCAGUUUCAAAAUGUACACUAAAAGCUUAAUUCUCAAAUUUAUCGUCGCAGACUUAAAAAAAAACAAAAAAAAAAAAACAUCUCCAGCUUUCCCAGUUUUUGAAUAGUAAACGGAUUGACCCCAACUCUAGUGCUCAUUCAGAUUGUCACACAGAGACACAAACACAGACAUACUGACACACAAGCAAAUCCCUUUGCUCACAUCACAGCCGUUCGAAAUAUUUGGUCUGACUUUUGUCAGCUGCUUUCAAAUUCUUCCUAAUUCUGUGGGGGGUUUUUUUUCUGUUUUUUUUUAGCCUGAAUCUUUGGAAAAAAUCAUUGUAGAAACUCUGUGCCUUCUGUCGCUCGCCCUAUGCCCCUGCCUCCUCUCAAACCCCCGCACACCCCCCCACCUACUCAAUCAACCAAACAAUCAGCAAGUAGAUCAAUGAGUCGUUUUUCAAUCGGAUUUGUAACAAUCAAACCAAAAGGUAAUCCAGUCGGAUUGGCUACCAAGUGUAGCCAGCUUUGGGCUCCUUGUCACCUUAACAAUUGUCUAGUGCCUGAAACAAGGAUGUAAAUGCAGCGUUUGCCAUUAAUCAACAAAGCAUCUGCAACAGUUAGCAAAGCAGAGCCAUGCCGUACUAUCGGUGCAAAGAGCUGCCUACUGUUCUAUGCCCCCAUAACUAGAUCACUGCAGUUCAGAGCCAUCAAUAAACAGAGUUUGUCCAGGUUGCACUGUGGGCGCCAUGUUGCUGACCGCAACAACAGAUACAUGUGGAGAGGGGAAGAUAAAAUAAUGGCAUGCUAGCCGACUAUCAUUCAAACCAAGUUUUUGAUUUUUUUUUUUUUUUUUUUGUAUAUUGGUGGCAAUAAAACUUAUUGUCAAUUUUUGUAUUUUGAGUAGCCUGUUUCCUGUGCUAGCUGUCAGGUCAAUGGUAUUAAUCCAUAAUGCUUCAUUAAUGAAUCGCUCGUGUAAAAAUAUUGCCUAAAAUUUGGGCAGAAACAGUCACAAGUCUCCCAUUUGCUUCUGGUCCCUGCAGAUUAUCCUCAUUUGGCACUGGUGGACUAAUGAAAUAAAACUGGAGAAAACAUAAAACAAAAUAAUCUCAACCGAAAUGUCCACUUACCAGCUAGAUUUCAGCCACAUCUCACAGUCUUGGCUGGCUCAGGUGUCAUCACAUGACCUAAGAGUGGAAAAACAGCUUCAAGGUUCCUUGAACCAUUUUUUCCCUAAACCUUUGCCUUUUGUCCCGUGCAUAUAAAACAAUCACUGACUCACUGUGCUGGUUAACAUGAACAUCCACUGUGUCUGAGUAGUUUAUCCACAUCAUUUGAUGAUUUCUGGGUAUUGAAGUCUUCAGAGGUCAGUUAUUUCUGGUUAUUGUGUGAGGUCGCCAGGGUUAACAGUGCAGCUUUCAGGCAACAGACAUCAAGAAAAAAUGAGUCAGUCAUACGUACAGAUAAUUCAUGUGUAUCUCUGUAUCUGGAUGUAGUGAGACGGCCAACACCGUUUUAUUCAGCUAAGCGUUGAGCGGUCAUAGCUGCCACGUGAAGCUUGACGUGGACAAGCUCUCGUCACUGAUGGCUCUGCUGCGCCUUUUCCUCCUGUUAAAUGAAUGAUGACAAUGUAAUAAUCAGCUUCAGAGGCCUGCGCUCUUAAGUUCCUGAAUUGAGUUGUUUGUAAAUUUGUUUUUAAAAAAAUACUGUUUGUUGUUCUCUCAGAGAGUUGUAUUUUGUACUUAAGCAGUCCAUGGUAUUCUCAGGGGUUAAAAAAAAACUUUUAAAAAAGAAGAAUAAAAGGUUAAAAAAUUUAUCGAAAAAGCGACGCAAGACGUAGAUGCAUAUAUAUACAGUAUAUAUAUAUAUAAAUAUAUAUAUAUAUAUACAUAUUUUAUAUCAUAUACUAUAUAUAUAUAUAAAGUGAUGUGUGUAUGUCUAGAAACUUCCUUAUUUGGCAAGCUUCACUGUUUAAACUCCUACAUGACUACUACUGAGCAUGCUCCUCUCAGUGUGACCAUAUGACCAUCAGCCCUGGGUUUAAUAGUCUCAAUCAAUAAUUAAUGCUCAUUUUAACUUGUUUGAGUUACCAGAUUAGGCAGACAGGUCAGUUAAUAUUGGCUCGGUGGUCAAUUACAAGAAGGGACUUUCUUUUCAUUCUCUCACCUUUCUUGCAGCUAAGACCCGUCUGGGGCCAAAUUGGGGUGAAAUGCAUCACAAGUGUUUUUUUUUUUGUUUUUUUUUUUAAGGGCUGCUUUACCCAGGUCUGAUGAACAGACAUUUAAAUGGAGGUGCAAGUCCAAUCUACUUCCUCUGUUUUUUUGUUUUUUUCUGUUUGGACAGCUUCUAACCUGUCUUCUGAAGCGACCACGCCAAAGAACAGAUCUGUGUUUCAAAGCAGCAUAUUUACAUCUUAUCUACAAACAAACACACAUACAAGUGCUCCGUCUCUGGUUUUCAAGAUGAAGAAUGUUAGAUAAAGCAUGUCCGACAACUCUGCCAGCGCUGUCCAGGUCGGCUCUGUUUAAUCCAGCUUCUCGACCUGGUUCGGCCUCAGCUCGAUGCGCUUCGGUUAGAAACCCUGUAAGCUCAGGCGCGGUGCCUUGGUGUUGUGUGAACCCCUUUGCUGGCGCCGUUAAUUCUAAGACACCACCACCAAUAAACCGAACCUGGAUUCUCCCAGAUCUCCGUUCACGGGGGGUUCGCGUAGAAGCCUGUCACCAUAGUAACGGGCGAUGGUUGACUCACACAUAUUUAACCCCUUUCAGAAAAAGCCAAAUGCUGCUGAACUGAACACAAAACAUACAGCUCACACACAGACUCACACACCAGAGCUGGUAUAACAGGGUUAUAAUGUACAAGAUGACUAGUUUUUUUUUUUAUGUUUUUUUUUUUUUUUUUAUGUAUACGUGGUCUUGACUGCAUCAGGAAGUAUGAGCUUACUCAGAGUGAAGCGCCCCCUAACAGCAGGAGAGUAUUAUUACAGGUGACAGCGCUGUGUCUCUGUCUCCUUUGUCCUUCAGGUGUAGCCAUCGUAGAAGAUUCACAUUGUUAGUCUGCCACACAAAGUCUGUAAAAACCCUCUUGGGAAAGUUGGAGUUUUUUUUUUUUUCUUUGUUUUUUUUUUUUUUUUUUAACUGCGCAAAGUAUUGCCUAAGGCAGUUGCUAAAUUUUUACAACAGCAAAAAUACAGAACAGGUGGACGAUUUUGGACUUCUACGUUGGCUACCGUUAUUACAAUCCGCAUGGAAACUGACCAUAACAACACAUACUACAACAACAACAACCGCAACAAAGCUUGUGUUCUUGAAGUGAGGGUGUGGUGAAGUAUCAUUACGACCCACAGGAUCCUCCGCUGAAUGGUUGUUACCAUUCAUGUGUUGCUAAGACAGAAAAAUGUAAUCUUGGUUUCAAUAUUCAAUGUUCAGAGUAGCCUGACUUUGUAGACAGUGGUAUUAGACAAGGCCUCACAUGUAACGGCCUUAACAUGUAGUAGCAAAUGCUAAGGCUGCACAGUGCUGGCAAGAAAAGAAAAAAAAAUGAAGGGCCUGUGCAGGAAGUUGUGGUUACCUGAGUUACGCUUGCUGUUUCUAACAUUUGCUAGUCAGAUUUUAACCCAAGAACAGCAUCGUUGUCCCUUCUCUGGCAAAUUGAUGAUUGCAGUUCUGAUUGUUUUUUUUCUCCUGGAUAUUGUGCAGCCUUGGCAAACACAAACUGGUUAUUAUUCUAUAUUUACAGUGUGGCUUCAAUGCCCUCUCCUUCCGCUUCGUAGAUACUGUAGACUGGAGUCUUUUGCAGGUUCUUUUUUAUCAAUAUCCACUAGAAUACAACUUCAAAGCAUCACUGUCCUCUGUGUGGUACACUGGUGUGGGUGUUGGCUCACGGCCUGAAAUGUGCUCUGAUGAUCUUUGAAUUUUGCAACUCUGUCAGGUCGAAUAUCCACAUGAUAUGAGGUCCGGAUACAAAUUUUUCUCUCUCCUUUCCAUUUUUUAUCCGUAAUAUUUGGCAUGGCGUUGAAAUUUCUAGCCCCAGAGUGAAGCAUCAGUGUCAGCAUCAGCAGAAAAUCUGGUGGAGUAUUGGAAGAUAUGUUUUCUCUGCCAUUUUACUAUUUAGAGUCAUCAUGUGUUGUAUACAACGAUACAGUUUUCUAAGUGGUAAGCUGGUGCAUGUGUCAGAAACAAAACUCUCCCCCAGGUGUUGGCAUGAAUGCUGCACCACAGAAAUAAGCUGGUGGGCAUCGUGCAUGUAAUGGCAGGUCAGAAACACACCUACACACAGCGAUGAAUUCCUAGACUUCAGCUGAAAAUGCCAGCGCUGAUCGCUGCAGGUAAUUGGAACACUGCCCACCAUUCACGCAUCCGUCGUCUGCUGUUCUGACACCGUUGUAAAAUUCCUUGGAAAGGCAUCACUGCACAGGCAGGACUGGGUUCCUCAGAACUUCCUCAGCUGCGCAAAGAUCAUGUUUAAAGCUCUUUAUUAGCAGAGAGGUAGGUUAGGGCCAUCCACCAAUAAAACACUGGGAAUUUUUGUUGUACAAGCCAAUUUGUGCUUCACAAAAAAUUAAAAACAGCCUUUAAAUUCCGGGUGUUGCUCCUGAUGGAUGAAAGAUUUGAUUUUCUGCUAUUUUGAGACAAAGAGUGAUGAUUGCGCUGAUGUGGUUUUGGGGAACAGGAAGGGCCAAAUGAAAUGCUGUUCAUACAAUAUCUCUCUCUUCCUCUGUGGUUGCUCUUUCGUCCAGUAAGAAAGUGGUUUGAGGCUGUUGUCAGGUCAUGGAAGCCAGGAUUGGCCAGUGCUUUAUAAUUUAAUCAGUGAAAUCGCGUGAAAGCAGUCGCUACGUGCCGAUGCAGCUUGUUGCACGUUAUGUACAUCAGACUUGGAAAAAACCUAGAAUCCGGAAUUGAAAUCUCUUGAAAUCUUGAUGAAAAUUGAACUUAUUCAUGGUCUGCUUAAAUCCAUUUGGAAAUGGAGACUUACGUUACAUGAUAGAGUGUGAUCUCACUGACAGUCCUGGCCUUAUUGUCCUGCGCCAGCCAUACAAACCCACCCACCUACCUACAUACCUACCGCUGGAGUUUAUAUACAUCUACAAUAAUGUAUAAUACUGUUCAACUACUACUACUAAAGACAUGUUCAUUUUCCGUGUUUUGAGAAAGCCUUUGCAAGCUGUUAUUUUUUUUCUUUUGUAAUGCUUUAGCUGGCCACCGUGGCUCAUAUCAAACUAGAAAGCUGACUCAUAUCUGCUUCCUCUGUUUUUACUGGCGCUUUGCUCUCCUCUCCGUUACGGCAAAGUUAUGGGCUUCAAGGUCUCAGCAUCCACAACCCAGACACACUGCACAGAUUGGAGGUUUAGUCAUACAAGUGCUUAUCACAGGCAGAGCUGCUGUGGAGGCAGAAAUGAGCUCAAUUGUCGAAUCAGAUCUAAAUUGGUGGAGUCAAAGAACCACAGUGAUUUGAAUCAGAGGGCCUUUUGUUUUUCAUUCAUGAUGUUGCAAGGUAGCUAACUGGAAAACCAAGAUCAACACAGGAAAAUACCGCCAGUUUGAACUUGAAAGGUCGGUUAUGCAAACUCUUAAACUAGAUGCAUCACACCCAGUCGUGAGAAAUAUGUGAGGGCGUACAGUGCCAUGUGUAAAAAGCUGAUUUCUAAGGCUUAAAUUGGGCAUUUUAUUGUACAGCGACAGUGGAGAGAUGGCAGGAAAUGAGAGAAGAGAGAGACGGACAAUGACAUUCAACAGAGAUCCUGAGCAGGACGUGAAAUAGGAAUGUCAUGGUUCAUGUUCAUCCCUUAACAGUACGCCUUAAACUACCGAUUUCACCGCCUGCCAAUUUCUAAGAAAUACAUAAAUCACAGUAAUCCCACAAUAAGGCUGCCAAGGUUGCUGACGAUUAAUCCUUUGGUCUAUGAAAUGUGAAACAUAUGUUUUGAGAGCCCAGACGUCUCCAGAUGCUUUGUUUCAUCCAACCAACAGUUAAAAAUCCAAACAUAUUCACUUUGGAAUUACAUGAAAACACAGAGAAGCAGCAAAUCAUCACAGAAGAAAGUGGAUUUUUUUUCAAUUUUCAAUAUUUUGCUUCGAUAAAUAACUGGAACAAUUAAUCCAUUAUCAGAAUUGUUGCUGUGUUCAUUUUCUUUAGCCCAAAUUAUCAGCUAAUUGUUUCACAUGACUCAUUUUUCCCCUUUGCUUCAGUCCAACAUCACUCUGGUUCUGGCUCCACCUGCUGAGGUUCAACACAGUGAGAUUACUUCUGAUUCCAGAGCAGAUCCAAGCAAUGUUUUUUAAAGACUAAAGCUCCCAUCUGCACAAACUGCACACCUUACUCUGCAUCCACCAUCCAACAUCUUCCUCCUCCCUGCUUGCUCCUCCUCCUCCCACCAGCAGCAAAGUCCCCACUGCUACUCCACCCUGAAAGCCUAAAAACACCCCUCCUAUUCAAUGCCUCCUGCCACCAACUCCUCCUCUCUCCUCCUCUCCUGUCCGGUGAUCAGCCUCCUUGCCCAGCACGUGGCUCUUUGCAAAUCGCUUAUGAGGCAUAUGGGGGGGGGGGUGAAGAAGAAAAAAGGAUAUCUGUAGCUUUAAGGACAAAUAAUGACAGGCACGUGUUGUGGAAGUACGUGUGAGGAGGGGAAAACGUUGCUUUGCUCUGGCCUGGAGAGAGAGAGAGAGAGAGAGCAAGGAGAGAGGAGAGAGAUGGAUACAAAGAAAGAAAGAGAGGAGAGGAGGGAGAUGUUUACUGAACCAGAGCCAGAGAGGCAGACAGAGAAAGAGUACAACUUGUUCUUUCCCCUGCGUUCUGUUUGCAGCCUGUCCGCUCAGUCAAGUUAACAAGCAGCUAAUAUAAACAACACCAGGCCCUUCCCUUUUCCUUGCCCUCUCGCCUCCUCAUCUCCAUCUCUCACUCUUUUUCUCUCUGCUCUAUCCCUCUCUCUCUCUCUCUCUCUCUCUCUCUCUCUCUCUCUCUCUCUCUCUCCAUACAGCCGGGUCUCCAUCCAAGUUAUUUCCUUUGCAAACUGUAACAAUCAAAUCAGGAAAGCAGAACAGGAUUGGGUUCAAAUUUGCAUUAAAUGGCAUGAAAAGCCCGGAAAACAAUUCAGUUUUGUUACAGAAUAUUUUAAUAACGACCAUGACUUCCAGUGUAAAUCAGCCUCUGCGGUUGCAUGUGGUUAGUUGAUCCAUUUAUUUGUAUUCAGACAAAAGCAUAAAUUUACUCAACAUUACUCAGAAGUAAAGACCAACAACAAACAAGUCUUACAAAGAUAAUUGUAGCCUGCUGUCAACAAAUCCCAUGAAAAGACCAAAACCAACACUGAAUCCAUUCUACUAAUAGGUACUGUCUGUGUGUAUCUUAUUCCUCUGUGCCAUAUAUCUCCAUCAUUGUUCAAAAACACAAAGAAACACAUCAGUUAGUCAAACUGUUGCACUGGCAGAUACAUUCCUUUUUUUUUAUCAUGAACACACGAUGUAGUUUAUUUUGAGUCAUUCCCAAACACACCGUCCUGCUUCUGUAAAACUAGAGCACCAACUGUGUAUUAAUCCAAACAGUCCCCAGCAAAUGCACAGUUUACUCAUAUUUGAGUAAUGUUUGCUAAACAAACUACAGUGCCCAGCUGUUUUAGGAAAUGAGGAAAAAUUUUUUUAUUAAAGUGUAUAUUUGUGAGCUCUUUUUUUUAGAUAUUUAUGUUUUCAGCAGAAGUCGCUUGGGUUGGGCGAUACAUUGAAUUAAAUUGAUUCGUUCCAUUUUUUUUUUUUUUUUUUGGUUUUGCACAAUGUGUAAAAUAUGAAGUUUUUACAAUGUGCACAAAAACGUUUAUUUUCUGUCAAAAAGUAUCGUAGCUAAUAAGGGGCUACUAUAACUGUCUUCUUGGGUCAUGUUUGGUCUGGCUGCAUUUUGUCGGGAAAAAAAUCCAGUAAAAUCAUGAAUCGUCCCCCCAAGUUUUAAAUAAAUUGAGAUUUUAUUUUUUGGUCAUCGACUCCGCCCUACUUGGGGAGUUAAGUAGUUGAGUAUUGUAGAGAUGGACUAAUGCAUAGUUGGUUUUGGUAUUUCCAUUGGAUUUGUUGAGAUUAAAGUAAGACAACAAAAAAAAAAUUAUACCAGCUUUAUUCUGUAAAUGUCACGAUCUGCCAGGCAAACUAUUUUUUUUUUGUUACAUAUCUGUCCAUUGUCAUACGUUUGGCUAACAUUAGCCAACAGUAAAGACCUAUAAUAUCCAUAUCCAGUCUUACAUAUAUACAUGUAUACAGCUGGGUUUCCAUCCAAGUAUUUCCUUUACAAACAAAGCACAGCAGGAUUGGGUCAGAUUUGCAUUAAAUGGCCUGAACAGCCCGGAAAACAAUUCAGUUUUGUUACAAAAUAUUUUAAUAUCGACCAUGACUUAUAAAACUUUUUUUUUGGCAGUUUACUUUGAAACCUGGAUGGAAACAUGGCUCCAGUCCCCUUACUGCUUCCUCCCUCACUAUCUGAGCAAUUUAUUCAACUUCCCCUUUACAUCUGGUUUUACCAUUGGGCUUCUGGGAGGUUCAGACUCUGCUCCUCAGACAUACAUCACCGCAGACAAAUUGAGGUGUAAAUGCAACCAGGACUCACUGAAGAUCCAUUUGGCCACAGCUACCGUCUCCCACUGCUGGUCAAAACAACAUUUGGUCACAUUAAAUUUAAGUUCAGCUGGGCACUACACACAAAGCAUAAAUAUAACAAAAGGACGUGGGUGGGAAUGUGUUUUAUGAAGGAAAGAGUGAUUUCAGCGCGGGUACCAGAGACACUUUACUUCCAGGUGUAAAUGUAAUCUGGAUAAAUCACGUCUAGACACAAUCUGGAUUUAAGAUGCAGGUUAAGGCCAUUUGUUAAGGGGCCCUCUGCACUUUAUUUCUGUUUCUGCUCCUUCUCCCACUUGUAAUUUCACCAUUCUGUCUCUGCUUUACUUCCUUCUCCUCAUUUGUUAUUUUAUCUUUCUCCUUACUGUUCUUCUCUGUUCUCUGCUUUCAUUACCUGACUUUUUUAACUCUCUUCUCUCACACACAAAGCAAACAUUUAUCUUCUUCCUCUGAGGCAAAUAUGUGUUUAUUUGCCUCCCUUGUCCAAUCUUUGAUACAUGCGGGGGGGGGCAGUAGGUGUUUUGAUUACCUAAAUUGGGGAAAGUGCAGCCCCUCUGUUUUUUAUUAUUCUGAAAUUACAGGGUGUGUGUGCAGACAGUUGUGUGUGGUUGCAGGAAUGAGUGAGUGUACACAACUAGCAUGAAUCCCGGUCUGUGUGUGUUAAUGGCAAGAGAGACUCUGGGUUAAAUGUAGUUAAAAGUGUGCAGCAGCUCAGCUGUUCUCCCAGUGAGGUGACCGACCUUUUGCUUAAGUCUCCCUUUGUUCUCCUCACCUAAUUUUUCUUCCCUCUCCUCCUCCUCUUCCUCAUCUGGAGGGGACUGAACCAGUCUCUCUCACUUAAGGUGUGUUCAAACAGAUCGUAAGAUGGAACUUAGAUGCGGCACAAGGGGAAGAGCAAAAGUGAGCGCAAAGACAGGACAGCGCAAAAAUGUUUCAGCUUGAGUGAAAAAAUCCAGCGGCCAUAUAAUGAAAGACGUAAUCUUGCUUCGCUUGCUGUCUGAACACACCCUUAGUUAACGCUCACACUGAGCUGGCUAAAUUUAGUUUUUUGACAAAUUGAUGUACGUCCUCACAAUCAUUUGUAGGAUCUAUAUCCACACUAGAAACACCUUGAUAAUCAAAGAUAAAGCUGCAUCACAGCCCAACAUCUGGUCAGCGGGGAAUCAGACCGACUGGUUACUCUGAAUUAAAACUCCACUCUGUCCCCUCCUGCUCUACGUAAACACUUAUACUAUGUUUUAAUACAAAGUCACGGUUUAGUUGUUCUCGUGUAUAGGAGAGAAAAUUGACAGAAAUACUUCAUGGGAACAUGUGUGUGGUGUGAUCAGAUAUGUUCGAGCACACAAUCGAUCGCAGGGAAAGAUGGAGCAAACAGAAAGUUGUCUUCUUAACUCGUGUCAUCGUUUUCCAAAAAAGCUCACUGACAGUAAAACACAAGGGCAGCAAUUAUCCAUUCAAGCUUCAUUUAAUGUUGAGAGCGACACUGGCUUUAGUGUGGACAAAAGAGAUUUAACCAGCUUACUGUGGAUGUCCUCUUAAGCAUUUCCCUCUCUCAUCCUUGUUCUUUUUUUUUUCUCUCUCUCUCUCUCUCUCUCUCUCUAUCUUUAUCAUUGUCUGUGUCUGUCUCUCUCACUCGCUCUCCUUUACUUUGUGCUACUUUGGUAUUUUUCGUGUCUCACUCUCCACUCCACUUGAUGUCUCACUUUAUCUUUCCUCACCUUCUCCUCUCGUCUUUCUCUGUAUCUCUCCUGUGCAGUGCAGAGCAGGCACUCUCUGACUCAUUAAUAACAAGAGGAAAUUCUCGCUCCCCUCUCCUGACCUGUUUUCUCCCUCAGGUUAAAACACAUUAUCAAACAACAAUUCAGUGGAGUUCUGGUUUGCAAAACUUCAUCAACUUUCAGCAAGCAACUUUUUUUUCUUUUUCUUUUUAAAAAUACCUCCACCUACAAGGACUUAUGAAUAUCUUCUUUUUUUUAUGUUAAUCUGUUAUUUUAAGCACUUAGUAUGUUCUUGUUUGUUGAAAGAAGGUUAAUUUGAUUAAGCUGCUUCUUGUUUGAACAGUUUCUCUCCCUUCUCUCUGCUCUCUCGUGACAUUUUCAGAUAUUAUUGGGUAUCAUUCUGCAUCUUCUUGGUCAUAUUUAGGCACUAUUUGAAUACCAAUCAGCAUCAUCUAAUCAGAGCAGAGCUGGACACAGGCUUUUUCUCCUCCUCCUCUUCCUCCUCCUCCUCCUGCUGUCUUAUUUGUCCUUAUAAAUGUGUUGAAAUCUCUGCUGCUGUGUCCAGUUUCUCCUCCACUCUGCAUCGGUUCUUCAAUACAAUAAUAUGAAUGUUGCAGGAGUUAAUCCUUCUGUAUUCUUUGUUUCAAAGAAUGUUGUGCCAUUUGUUAAUAGCAAAGAGAACUAUUGAACAUAUAUGAAAAAGAAGAGCUAUUUUAAAUUAUUUUUUGGCUUUUUUUGCUAUAUUUAUUUUCUUGUAUUAGAAUCUUCUUUGUAGGAGGGAAAAAUCAAAAAAUGUAUUUUUCAUUAGUGCGAAAAACCUAUUUUCUUCCUUUUUGUACAAUUUCGAUGUUUUAAGCGAGACUUUGAAAAGCAAUAUGAUGAUGAUGAUGACGAUGUUUCCUGUGACUGUAUCUGCAUGCUGUUUGUGUUGCCUUAAUGAUGGCUGCAUCCCACUAUGACCCCUCCCUCCCACCCAACUCUGACCCCGCCUCUUCAACUCCCACCCUCAUCUAAUGGAGUCCUAGUCCCAUUUGAUCCAGUCCAGACCAAUCCAGUCCAGUGCAGUCAAUAAAGCAGUGCUUUCUGUGUACACAAAA